AUGGUGUUUUUGGAGAUUGAAAUGAAUGAAGACAUUACAGUACCUUUUCAUAUGCUCGAUCUCGAAAGGCUUCCUCUUCCGAAGGUUAUACUCCUCAACCUCCUCCAUAGAAUUGGUCUUCGGAAAGCAUCCCAGGAACACGGCUACUAUAUUGCAAUCACUACUUUGAACACCAUUUCUGAAUUGCUUCGUGAUGAGGAUUCUAGUGUUAUCUUGUUCGCAGUAUCCUUAAAUUGCACUGCAGUGAAGCCUUGCAAAGGCGAGAUCUUAAUUGGCACCGUAACUAAGAUCAUGGAGGAUGGCAUUAUGCUCAAUUCUGGACCAAUGGAGAACAUUUUACUUCCAGAAACAAUGAUGAAUGAUUACGAACUCAACAUGUCUGAAGAGCCAAUGUUUUUAAAAGUGAAUGGAUUGUCAUACAUGAAGAAAGACACUAAGGUGAGGUUCAAAGUUCUCGACAUUCAAUGGGCUGAAAGGAACAAAGAGUUUAAUAUUUGGGCAACUAUUUUAGGUGAUUAUCUUGGACCUAUUUGA